AGCCCUACACAUCGCCUCUUGCAUGCAACUCACUGAGCGAGGGAGAGGCAAAGCAUCCUCCCCUCACGCAGCCACCGGCAGCUCCAGACAGGCAGGACCUGCUUUUCGCACCUCCAGCAUCCUCCCUUCUUCCCUGCCACUCCCUCCCAGAGAGAGAAAAAGAGAGAAAGAAAAAGGAAAAGGAGUCAGAAAGAUUCUGGGAUUUGAAUCUUUCGAAGGAGGAAACACCCAGCAAACUGAGUUGAUUAAACACCAAACUGACAGAUUCCCAACUCUUCGGUUCAACCCAGAGGUCUUUUCUCUGGAGUCCUGGGAGCUCUGUUAUGGGCAGCACUGCCUCUGGCCAGCACCAUGAAGUCUGAAUCUGCUUCCGCUCUGCUCUGGGCCUCGCUCCACCUGAGUCCUCAGUUGCUUGCGGUUCCCCUUCCCAGGGUCUGCUGCUGCUAGACCUUCAAACCUCAGCACUGGGCCUUGGCUUGGGCCUGCCUUUUGCCUGGCUCACCUCCCAGUUCCUCCUCCUCCUCCAUUACAGCACCCUGAGCCCCAGCCCUGUCCUCGGUCUCCCUGGCUAGGACGCAUUUGCCGGGGGGAAGGCAUUACGGAAGGCUUGUUCCCACCCUGGGCUCCUUCUCCUUGAAUCAAGGCCUCCGGAUCCACAUGGAUAGCUGAGAUCUUUUCUUGGAGAAAGAUACUUCUUCCUUGCCUCUUCCCUGAUUUGCCUCACCCGACACCCCCUGUCUGUUUUGUCUCCCUCUUUAUUGGAUUUCUUGCCUGCGUGCCUAUCUAGGGCUGUAUUGUCCGUUUUCCUCUCCUUCCCCUUUCCUCCUAACAUUCCUGUGUGUGUUCUUCUUGUGUCUUCUCUUGUACCACUCUGUUUUCCCUCUUUGCCCUCACAAUCACCUAUCCCCUGCCUCCCGCCCCCAGGGCUGAUCCCUGGCCUGCCUGCUCCUCUGUGCUCUCACCCAGCAGGCACCAUGAGCUUUACCCUCCACUCAGUUUUCUUCACCUUGAAGGUGAGCAUCUUUCUGGGCUCCCUGGUGGGGCUUUGCCUGGGUCUGGAAUUCAUGGGCCUCCCUAACCAGUGGGCCCGCUACCUGCGCUGGGAUGCAAGCACGCGCAGUGACCUGAGCUUCCAGUUCAAGACCAAUGUUUCCACUGGGCUGCUCCUGUAUUUGGAUGAUGGUGGUGUCUGUGACUUCCUCUGCCUCUCCCUGGUGGAUGGUCGUGUUCAGCUCCGCUUUAGCAUGGACUGCGCCGAGACCACUGUCUUGUCCAACAAGCAGGUGAACGACAGCAGUUGGCACUUCCUCAUGGUGAGCCGCGAUCGUGUGCGCACUGGGCUGGUGAUUGACGGCGAGGGCCACUCUGGAGAGCUACGGCCCCAGCGGCCCUAUAUGGAUGUGGUCAGUGAUUUGUUCCUCGGUGGCGUUCCUGCUGACAUUCGACCUUCUGCCCUGACCCUCGAUGGAGUACAGAGCAUGCCUGGCUUUAAGGGAUUAAUGCUGGAUCUCAAGUAUGGCAACUCGGAACCUCGGCUUCUGGGGAGCCAGAGCGUCCAGUUAGAAGCAGAGGGACCCUGUGGCGAGCGUCCCUGUGAAAAUGGUGGGAUCUGCUUCCUCUUGGAUGGUCAUCCCACCUGUGACUGUUCUACCACUGGCUAUGGCGGCACACUCUGCUCAGAAGAUGUCAGUCAAGGUCCAGGCCUCUCCCAUCUUAUGAUGAGUGAACAAGGUAGAAGUAAAGCACGAGAGGAGAACGUGGCCACCUUCCGAGGCUCAGAGUAUCUGUGCUAUGACCUGUCCCAGAACCCCAUCCAGAGCAGCAGCGACGAAAUCACCCUUUCCUUUAAGACCUGGCAACGCAAUGGGCUCAUCCUCCACACUGGCAAGUCGGCCGAUUAUGUUAACCUGGCUCUGAAGGAUGGUGCGGUCUCUUUGGUCAUUAACCUGGGGUCCGGGGCCUUUGAGGCCAUUGUGGAGCCAGUGAAUGGGAAAUUUAACGACAACGCCUGGCAUGAUGUCAAAGUGACACGCAAUCUUCGGCAGCACUCAGGCAUCGGACACGCUAUGGUGACAAUCUCUGUGGAUGGCAUCCUAACCACAACGGGCUACACUCAAGAGGACUACACCAUGCUGGGCUCAGAUGACUUCUUCUAUGUCGGUGGAAGCCCAAGUACCGCAGACUUGCCAGGCUCACCUGUGAGCAACAACUUCAUGGGCUGCCUUAAAGAGGUUGUUUAUAAGAAUAAUGACAUCCGUCUAGAGCUGUCUCGCUUGGCCCGGAUUGGGGACACCAAGAUGAAAAUCUAUGGUGAAGUUGUGUUCAAGUGUGAGAACGUGGCCACACUGGAUCCCAUCAACUUUGAGACCCCAGAGGCUUACAUCAGCUUGCCCAAGUGGAACACCAAACGUAUGGGCUCCAUUUCCUUUGACUUUCGCACAACUGAGCCCAAUGGCCUGAUUCUCUUCACUCAUGGGAAGCCCCAAGAAAGGAAAGAUGUCCGGAGCCAAAAGAACACAAAAGUUGACUUCUUUGCUGUUGAACUUCUUGAUGGCAACCUGUAUUUGCUGCUUGACAUGGGCUCUGGCACCAUCAAAGUGAAGGCCACUCAGAAGAAAGCCAAUGAUGGGGAAUGGUACCACGUGGACAUUCAGCGUGAUGGCAGAUCAGGUACCAUAUCUGUGAACAGCAGGCGCACGCCAUUCACUGCCAGUGGGGAGAGUGAAAUUCUGGACCUGGAGGGGGACAUGUAUCUGGGCGGACUGCCAGAAAACCGAGCUGGCCUCAUUCUCCCCACGGAGCUCUGGACCGCCAUGCUCAACUAUGGUUAUGUGGGCUGCAUCCGCGACCUGUUCAUUGAUGGGCGCAGCAAGAACAUUCGGCAGCUGGCGGAGAUGCAGAACGCAGCGGGCGUCAAGUCCUCCUGUUCACGCAUGAGCGCCAAGCAGUGUGACAGCUACCCCUGCAAGAACAAUGCGGUGUGCAAGGACGGCUGGAACCGCUUCAUCUGCGACUGCACUGGCACCGGCUACUGGGGAAGAACCUGCGAAAGAGAGGCAUCCAUCCUGAGCUAUGACGGCAGCAUGUAUAUGAAGGUCAUCAUGCCCAUGGUGAUGCACACGGAGGCAGAGGAUGUGUCCUUCCGCUUCAUGUCACAGCGAGCCUAUGGGCUACUGGUAGCCACGACCUCCAGGGACUCUGCAGAUACACUUCGUCUAGAGUUGGAUGGUGGGCGUGUCAAGCUCAUGGUUAACUUAGACUGUAUCAGGAUAAACUGUAACUCCAGCAAAGGACCUGAGACCCUGUAUGCAGGGCAGAAGCUCAAUGACAAUGAGUGGCACACCGUCCGGGUAGUGCGGAGAGGAAAAAGCCUUAAGCUAACAGUGGAUGAUGAUGUGGCUGAGGGUACUAUGGUGGGCGACCACACCCGCCUGGAAUUCCACAAUAUUGAAACUGGUAUCAUGACUGAGAAGCGUUACAUCUCUGUGGUCCCCUCCAGUUUCAUUGGCCAUCUACAGAGCCUCAUGUUCAAUGGCUUGCUGUACAUUGAUUUGUGCAAAAAUGGUGACAUCGACUACUGUGAACUGAAGGCUCGCUUUGGACUGAGAAACAUCAUCGCUGACCCUGUCACUUUUAAGACCAAGAGCAGCUACCUGACCCUCGCCACCCUGCAGGCUUACACCUCCAUGCACCUCUUCUUCCAGUUCAAGACCACUUCAGCUGAUGGCUUCAUUCUCUUCAAUAGCGGAGAUGGCAAUGAUUUUAUUGCGGUUGAACUUGUCAAGGGGUACAUACACUAUGUGUUUGAUCUUGGCAACGGUCCCAAUGUGAUCAAAGGCAACAGUGACCGCCCCCUGAAUGACAACCAGUGGCACAACGUGGUCAUCACUAGGGACAACAGUAAUACCCACAGCCUGAAGGUGGACACCAAGGUAGUCACUCAGGUCAUCAAUGGUGCCAAAAAUCUGGAUUUGAAAGGUGACCUCUAUAUGGCUGGCUUAGCCCAGGGCAUGUACAGCAACCUUCCCAAGCUCGUGGCCUCCCGGGAUGGAUUUCAGGGCUGCCUGGCCUCUGUGGACUUGAACGGACGUCUGCCUGAUCUCAUCAAUGAUGCUCUCCACAGGAGUGGACAGAUUGAGCGAGGCUGUGAAGUUGCGUUGACCAAAGCUGACCUGCAAGGACCCAGUACAACCUGUCAGGAGGAUUCAUGUGCCAACCAGGGGGUUUGCAUGCAGCAGUGGGAAGGCUUCACCUGUGACUGCUCCAUGACAUCAUAUUCUGGAAACCAGUGCAAUGACCCUGGUGCAACAUACAUCUUUGGGAAAAGUGGUGGCCUCAUCCUCUAUACCUGGCCAGCAAAUGACAGACCCAGCACACGCUCUGACCGCCUCGCCGUGGGCUUCAGCACUACUGUGAAGGAUGGUAUCUUAGUACGCAUUGACAGUGCCCCUGGACUUGGUGACUUCCUCCAGCUUCACAUAGAACAAGGGAAAAUUGGAGUUGUCUUCAAUAUUGGCACAGUUGACAUCUCCAUCAAAGAAGAGAGAACCCCCGUCAAUGAUGGCAAAUACCACGUUGUGCGCUUCACCAGGAAUGGGGGAAAUGCUACACUUCAGGUGGACAACUGGCCAGUGAAUGAGCAUUAUCCUACAGGCAACACUGAUAAUGAACGCCUCCAAAUGGUAAAACAGAAAAUCCCCUUCAAAUAUAACCGGCCCGUAGAGGAGUGGCUGCAGGAAAAAGGCCGGCAGCUAACCAUCUUCAACACCCAGGCGCAAAUAGCCAUUGGAGGAAAGGACAAAGGACGUCUCUUCCAAGGUCAACUCUCUGGGCUCUAUUAUGAUGGUUUGAAAGUACUGAAUAUGGCAGCUGAGAACAACCCUAAUAUUAAAAUCAAUGGAAGUGUCCGGCUAGUGGGAGAAGUCCCAUCAGUCUCGGGAACAACACAGACAACAUCCAUGCCACCUGAAAUGUCUACCACUGUCAUGGAAACCACUACCACCAUGGCUACAACCACCACCCGCAAGAACCGCUCUACAGCCAGCAUUCAGCCCACAUCAGAUGAUCUUGUUUCAUCUGCUGAAUGUUCAAGCGAUGAUGAAGACUUUGUCGAAUGUGAACCAAGUACAGGAGGUGAAUUAGUUAUUCCUCUUCUGGUAGAAGACCCUUUAGCUACCCCUCCUAUUGCUACUCGUGUACCCUCCAUUACACUCCCCCCUACCUUCCGCCCCCUCCUCACCAUUAUUGAGACCACCAAAGAUUCCCUGUCCAUGACCUCUGAGGCGGGGUUACCUUGCUUGUCGGACCAAGGCAGCGAUGGUUGUGAUGAUGAUGGCUUGGUGAUAUCUGGGUAUGGCUCAGGGGAAACCUUUGACUCUAACCUGCCCCCUACUGAUGAUGAAGAUUUUUACACCACCUUCUCCUUGGUAACAGAUAAGAGUCUUUCCACUUCAAUCUUCGAAGGUGGCUACAAAGCACAUGCGCCCAAGUGGGAAUCCAAGGACUUUAGACCUAACAAAGGCUCGGGAACUAGUAGAACUACAACCACCUCUUUGUCCCCUGAGCUGAUCCGCUUCACAGCGUCCUCCUCGUCUGGGAUGGUGCCCAAAUUGCCAGCUGGCAAAAUGAAUAACCGUGAUCUCAAACCCCAGCCUGAUAUAGUCUUGCUUCCGUUGCCCACUGCCUAUGAGCUAGACAGCACCAAACUGAAGAGCCCACUAAUUACUUCCCCCAUGUUCCGUAAUGUGCCCACAGCAAACCCCACGGAGCCAGGAAUCAGACGGGUUCCGGGGGCCUCAGAGGUGAUCCGGGAGUCCAGCAGUACAACAGGGAUGGUCGUCGGCAUUGUGGCUGCUGCCGCCCUCUGCAUCUUGAUCCUCCUGUACGCCAUGUACAAGUACAGGAACAGGGACGAGGGGUCCUAUCAAGUGGACGAGACGAGGAACUACAUCAGCAACUCGGCCCAGAGCAACGGCACGCUCAUGAAGGAGAAGCAAGCCAGCUCCAAGAGCGGCCAUAAGAAACAGAAAAACAAGGACAAGGAGUAUUAUGUGUAAACAUAACACCACCAGUCGUAUGCGAACUUAAAACAGAAUUAUUUCUAUACACACACCUGAAUACUUUGACAAUGAGAUUUAACUUGUUGAAUGUGUUCUGUGAGAUGGGGUGUACCACGACUAUGGUGGGAAAAACCAUUUUUUAAAGGACAACAUACGAUGGUGUAUCUCUCUCUGUAAUGGUGAGCCAUGCUGCAAGGUUGUAGCCUUGGCCCGAAGACAGAAAAUUCUCUCUGCCCUGCUGUAUCAUAAAGCACACACUUAGUGCCCUGGAGCAAGUCCAUGACUCCACAUGACCUUGGAAGCUUUCUUCUCUCCAGAACAUUUGGAAAGGGGUAGAAGACCACAUGGCUUACUUGUUCCAUAGCUCCAAGUGAGUCUGUAAUAAUGUUUGUGAAUCUUGACUGUAACAAUGUUCGGUUAUUUUUUGUUUGUUUGUUUAAUUAUGUAUAAAAACAAAAACAAAAAAAUAAGAAAAGAAAAACGCUUAAAAA